AUGCAGAAAACUGUAAGCACCACAAGGAAAGAUUGGUCGGUGAAGCUUCAUGAAGCUCUUUGGACGUAUAGGACGGCUUACAAGACACCUUUGGGGACUACACCAUUUCACUUGGUGUAUGGAAAAGCUUGUCAUCUCCCAGUGGAACUCGAGUACAAAGCUGCUUGGACAGUAAAGUUUCUGAAUUUUGAUGCUAGAAGUGCUCAUGAGAGGAGAGUAAUGCAGCUGCACGAGUUGGAGGAGAUUAGGCACCUGGCCUAUGAAAACUCGAAAAUUUACAAGGAGAGAACCAAAGCUUUCCAUGACAAGAGGAUCCUCAGCAGGAGUUUUGCACCAAACGAUCAAGUGCUGCUAGGAGAGUUCGUCGUCAAUGGGCAGAGGUUGAAGCCAUACCUCACUGGUCCACAUGUCACGGAAGGUGAAUCACUCACCUUAAGCGACACUCCUCAAGCCUGA